AUGUACUCCAAGAUCACAGUCGUUUCGAUCCUCUGCGCAGUUGCUGCUGGUCAGUCAACAUGCCCUUCUGUCUGGACCGAUGUUGCCACGGACCUAAAGGCCAUCUUUGUCGACAGCGAUGGCGCGGCAACCGAUGAUGCGCGUGCCGCCAUCCGUGUCUCUUUCCACGACUGUUUUCCCGAGGCGUGUGAUGGAUCCAUGAUUCUCGCCAACGAGUGCUCCGACCGAGGAGAGAAUGCUCAGAUGGUAGACAUUUGCACGACUUUGGGCGACAUGGCCACUCAGUACAAUGUCAGCACAGCUGAUAUCAUUCAACUAGGAACUGCCCUGGGCGUGUCUGCCGCCCUCGGUCCUACCAUGGCUUUCAAAGUCGGCCGGGUCGACUCCAGCACGGCGAACCCCACGGGACAGAUGCCCGGCGCGGCGGAUUCUGCCGACACCAUUGUCGCCGACUUUGCGGCCAAGGGAUUCUCGGUAACGGAGCUGAUUGCGCUCGUCGGCGCCCACAGCGCGGCCAAGAACCUCGCGGGCACGGCUCUGGACUCUACCGUCGACGACCUUGACACGACCUUUUACACCGAGACCGCCGACGGCACGGCGCCGGCUAGUCUACAGAGCGAUAUCAAUCUGAGCAAUGGCACCGAUACCAGCUCGGACUGGAGCACUUUUGGCGGCAGCUUGAGUGACUGGGAGGCUGCAUUCGUUCCAGCAAUGGAGAAGAUGGGACUCAUGGGAGUUGACGAAUCGACUUUGACCGACUGCUCCGACGUGGUGACGGCAGCUUUCCCCUCCAAGAAGAGGCGUUCCAUGAACUUUGGUCCCUCAAUGGCUGCCCGGGGCGGCGCAAGCAAGAGGAACCCUCAUGGAUUCGCCGCUGGCGCCUCGUGGAUGCGACACGCUUAA